CCGUCGGUCCUCCCGAUGUACCAUUCCGAGUUCUACUUUGAGGAUGGCAACCUCGUAUUUCUGGUCGAGAAUACCCUUUACAGGGUAUUCCGCUCGACGUUCAUCAGACACUCGCCUGUUUUCAAGGACCUCUUCACGCUGCCUAAGCCAGCCGGCAGCGCUGACGAUGGCUCAAGCGACGAGCAUCCGCUGUACCUCGCCGGGAUCCUGAGCAUCGACUUCGAGCGGCUCCUGUGGGUCCUAUACCCGCCGACAUACAGCGCACACCGCGCACAAAGCGCCGAAGAGUGGACGUCCAUCCUCGACCUCGCCACGCGCUGGGAGUUCGCGGACGUGCGCGCGCUCGCGGUCUGCCAGCUGCAGACCCUCGACCUGGCGCCCGUCGAGCGCGUCGCGCUCGCACGCGCGUACGACAUCUGCGGGCGCUGGACGCUCGCGGCGUACACUGCGCUCUGCGAGCGGACGCAGGCGCUGACGCUCGCCGAGGCGACGCUCCUCGGGCUCGAGACUACGACACGCGUGGCACAGCUGCGCGAGCAGCUCCGUGCGAAGCGU